AUGGCAAACAGGAAAUGCCAAAGCACCACGGCUGCCAUGUUGGAUCACCAGACAAGAGCCUGUCCUCCUUCCCCUCGUGGCCGAGCAGCUGAAAAUGUCAAAAGUCCUUUGGCAGGGGAAGACUAUGUGGAGAAGGAGGUGGAUGCAGUAUCAGCUGGUCAAGGUAGCCUUCCCCCAGUAGACCCUGAGCGCAUUGAUAACAGCGGAGAUGGGGACUCCAGUUCGGAUUAUGUCAACAACACUUCUGAGGAGGAGGAUUAUGAUGAGGGACUUCCAGAAGAAGAGGAAGGAAUCACCUACUAUAUUCGAUAUUGUCCUGAGGAUGACAGUUAUCUGGAAGGAAUGGACUGCAAUGGGGAAGAGUACGUGCCCCCAGAAGAGCAUCAGGUAGAGACAGAUGAGUGUCAGGAGGCUAUUGAGGAAGGCGAAUGGGUGGAGACCAAACUACGCCACCAGGAUAAUGCAGCUGAAGCGGUGGGCUACCACGAAGGCUGCAUUCAGAUUUUGGAAGGUGAGGUGGCCUGUUUAGAAAUCCAAGACCAGGAGGAGGGCAUCCCAUAUUGCCAUCAGAGUGAAGGGAGUUACUACUCACCAGAAGCCAAUGGAAAUUCCUGCCGGAUGUCCCCUUACCAUAGCAGGAAAGAAGAGGGGGAUUUGGAAGAGCAGGAGGAAGACAUCGAUCAGAUCGUUGCGGAGAUCAAGAUGAGCAUGAGUAUGAGCAGCAUCAACAGUGCAUCAGAAAUGAGCCCGGAGCAUGGCGGGACUGAAAAUGUGCCAAAUGACUAUGCAGAGACAUGUCACAAGGGGGACCCUGGCCAUGCAGCCAGUAGGCAUCCAGGGAGGCCCAAGUCCUUGAACAUCCCCCCAGCCUCUAAGCAACUUGGAGAGGUCCAAAGAGGCUUCAAAACCAAGUCAAAGACCCCAGAGGACAGGCAGACCUGGCCACAAGAACAGGUAUGCAACGGCUUAGAACAACCCAGGAAGCAGCAGCGUUCAGAUCUCAACGGGCCGAUCGACAACAAUAAUAUGCCAGAGACAAAGAAGGUACCAUCUUUCCCAAGCUUUGUUGAUGUUCCAGGGCCUUGCGAGCCUGAGGACCUCAUUGACGGCAUCAUCUUCGCAGCCAAUUACUUGGGCUCUACACAGCUGCUCUCAGAGCGCAACCCUUCCAAAAACAUUCGGAUGAUGCAAGCCCAAGAGGCAGUGAGCCGCGUCAAGGCUUCUGAGGGAGAUGCACAUGCUUUGACAGAAGUGGACCUGUUUAUCUCCACGCAGAGAAUUAAAGUUCUUAAUGCAGACACCCAGGAAACCAUGAUGGACCAUGCGCUGCGCACCAUCUCUUAUAUUGCUGAUAUCGGCAACAUUGUGGUUCUGAUGGCCCGGCGUCGAAUGUCUCGGUCAGCGUCCCAGGAUUGCAUCGAGACCACCCCUGGAGUGCAAGAAGGGAAGAAACAGUACAAAAUGAUAUGCCAUGUCUUCGAAUCCGAGGAUGCCCAGCUGAUAGCCCAGUCGAUUGGACAAGCUUUCAGCGUGGCCUAUCAGGAGUUCCUCCGGGCCAAUGGCAUCAACCCAGAAGAUCUCAGUCAGAAAGAGUACAGUGACAUCAUCAACACCCAGGAAAUGUAUAAUGACGAUUUGAUUCAUUUCUCCAACUCAGAGAACUGCAAAGAGCUGCAAAUUGCCAAACACAAGGGGGAGAUUCUUGGCGUGGUGGUUGUGGAGUCUGGCUGGGGAUCCAUUUUACCCACAGUGAUCCUGGCAAACAUGAUGAAUGGAGGCCCGGCAGCCCGUUCAGGAAAGCUCAGCAUCGGAGACCAGAUUAUGUCCAUUAAUGGGACCAGCUUAGUCGGUCUUCCUUUAGCCACAUGCCAAGGAAUCAUUAAGGGUCUUAAGAAUCAGACGCAAGUGAAAUUGAACAUUGUCAGUUGCCCUCCGGUCACUACUGUUCUGAUCAAGCGCCCGGAUUUGAAAUACCAGCUGGGUUUCAGCGUACAGAACGGAAUUAUCUGCAGCUUGAUGCGAGGUGGGAUUGCAGAGAGAGGAGGUGUCCGGGUGGGGCAUCGUAUUAUUGAGAUCAAUGGUCAAAGUGUCGUUGCUACGGCUCAUGAGAAGAUUGUGCAAGCCUUGUCCAACUCUGUAGGAGAGAUUCACAUGAAGACUAUGCCUGCUGCAAUGUUCAGGCUGCUAACCGGUCAAGAAACUCCACUCUACAUCUAAUGGGAAGCUAGACUGCUCUUCAGGCAAAUCAUAUCCUGCUGCCUAAGCUUAAACUUCCAGAGAAAUGUUGUAUUUUGUAGGAAACGGGCAGAGUUUGAACCCAACACUGGAUAUUCUGGACACUCAUUGGAUCCAGUUUCUUUGCCUUUUUUUGGGUUUGUUUCUUAGUUUACCUCUCUCUCCUUUUAAAAUCUUGCCAAAAGAUGAAGCUCUUGUUAUGGCAAAUGACCAUUGACACCGUCUUUCCAAGAUCACAGAAGUAUUCUACCAUGCGAUUGGCAAACUCCAUCUUCAUGACUCAGGAUGAAAUCCGUCAUGAAGCUGAUCAAGCCCCACUGCUGUUAGGACCCUCUGUGUUGCAGAGACCACCUGCAUUGCCCUCAUUCUGGGUGGACUAUGCUUCUAAUACUUUACUAUAAGGGGACUCCAGCAUGUCCAUAGUCUUCUGUCCGUCUGCCACCUUCAGCCAUGAGGCAAGUGUGGACGAGUCUACAGAAACAGGCCCUUUCAAACUGGCGCUGCCUCAA